AGUGAAACAUUAUUGAACCAGUGUGACCGUACGUGUUUGGUGAAUAGAUUGUGUUUAUAUUAUAUUGUAGCAAUAAUAAGUAAAUAUAAAAAAUGUGGGACAACGUACUUAUGUUAAUUGUUGUGGGUGUUUUCUCGUUUCUGUGUUGGAAAAUAACUCAAAAUGAACCAAAUACGAUUAAGUUUUAUUCAAAGUUUUUAUUAUACUAUUUGCACGGCUCUCUAGUAGGUUUUUUUGUUUGGCCUGUCUUUUUAUUCAAUAUGAAAGAUACAAAAAAUGCAAGAAUAGGUGCUGGACUGAUAAAGCCAGUAACAAAAAUUAUUGGAAUAAAAUGGACUUUUCGAAAUGACAAAGUAAUAAGAGAAGACAGAGGAGCGGUUAUAGUGUCUAAUCACCAAUCGUCACUUGAUGUUUUAGGAAUGUUUCAGUUAUGGCAUAUAGCUAAAAAUAUGACAGCUAUAGCAAAAAAGGAAAUAUUUUACGUAUGGCCAUUUGGACUGGCUGCCUACUUAGCUGGAGUUGUAUUUAUUGAUAGAUCGAAGGCUAAAAAUGCGUACGACACUCUAAAAGUUACCUCAGAUGUAAUGGUUAAACAGAAGACCAAAAUUUGGCUAUUCCCGGAAGGAACACGAAAUAAAGAUUAUUCAAACAUGCUGCCUUUUAAAAAAGGAGCAUUCACCAUGGCCGUGGCGGCCCAAGUCCCAAUAAUACCUGCAGUAUUCUCGCCUUACUAUUUUAUUAAUCGAAAGAAACAUAUAUUCAACAAAGGACAUGUUAUAAUACAAUUCCUGGAUCCAGAGCCAACGACAGGUCUAACCGAGGAUGACAUACCAGCUCUCAUUGAAAGAGUUCGCACAAAAAUGAUAGCAGCAUAUAGGGACCUCGAAAAGGAAGUACUUAACGAUUUGCCAGCUGACUAUCCUUACACUACAAAAGGAUAAGGAUAUGAUUUAUAUCAAAAUGCCGAAAAGAUUUAUGAUGGAAUAUAAAUACCAAUGGCUCUUACUAGAGAGUAUAAACUAUAUAUUUUAAAGCAUCGAUAUUUUAAAUGUAUAUAUAUUUUUACUAGGUUCAAUGCUCUCCACGAAAAUCGAAAUAUGACGAAACCCCUAGCCUAAUAUGUAAAUCAUUGUACAUGUAUAAAUUUGAAACAAUACCUAUAGUUUUCGAAUUUUCCAUAUGAAAACAUGAAAUCACAAUAGUGUCUGUAGUUUAUUAUGCUAAGAUUAAUUUGACUAUUCAUUAAGUUUUUCUAUAAUGGUUGCCAAUAAUUUAAUAUUAUAGUAGAAAUGCUAUUCUAACCUGUUUUGUAAAUGAUUUUAUAAUUAAGAUGUUAUUUUUCAUUUUAUAAUUAUAAAUGCAAGAUCAAAUAAAUAUAUUUUUUAAGGAGACUAACUCAUAAUGAAGUAGUAGAUACUUUUACUUAUGCUGUGAUAAUAGGUAGGAGUCUACGGCUCACUUAGUUAUUGCCAGAUUUUUUAAAACAAAACUACAAUAUAUAUUCCUCAUGGACAUAAAUGACAAUAAUUAUAACGUGUGUGGUCUUUCUGUUAGAGCGCAAACUUAACAUCACUAAAGAAUAUAGUUUUUAUAAUAUACGAAACAUAAAAUCUUUAUCUGUAUACUAAUGGGCGUAAACAAAAUUAUUAUAUUUGUAUUAUAAAAAAUAUAACAUUAUAUUUUUAUAAGUUACAUGUUAUAUUUAUGCUAUUUAAGUCAGUCGGUCUAUGGAAAUCUAUGGCGAAAGCUUAUGUUCAGCAGUAGACAGAUAAUGGCUGAGAUAAUGAUAGUUUAUAAUAUUUAUAAUCAAAUUAUAUGCUCACAAUUUAGAUGAAAAUAAUUGCAGUAAAAUAAACUACUUAAUUAUUAACAGAAGUAGUAUUUUAUAAUGUGCGAACGAAAACACGUUUUAAAAAUAUCCUAAGUUUAGGAUUCCAGAACAGUAGCUUUAAAACUAGUUUCAAGUCUCAUAAAUAAUGUAAGCGAAGUUCGUGCAGUUACUAUUAUAAAAGCUUUAAAUUGUUUUUUGUGUAUAUGAAGGUGCCAAAUAAGCGUAUGGUCUAUCUGAUGGAAUCUAAACGGUAACUACAACUAAUAGAUGAAUACAAUACCUAGGGCUACAUUCACACAUUAUUGACUUUUGUAAUACAAAAAUUCAGACCAUAUUUUUUAUAUUCUUAAUCAAUAUUACAAUAUUAUAAUAUUGUAUAUAUUUUUAAGGUUUAAAAGAAAUGUACAAAAUCAUUAUGUAAAUUUGUACAAAAGUUUUACCAGCUUUCAUUUGAUUGUACCUGUUACUAAACAUAUAAAUUGUUUAAGUAAUACUAAGUUUAUUUUUUGAUAAUUAUAUACCAGUUUUGUAAAAACUUAUUUAUCUAUUAUGAUGUUUUUUUUCUAUCUAUUUUUCAAUUGUGUUCCAACGAACGAAUAACUAAUUAUUCAAAAUCAUUGUCAAUAGGACAGGUUCUUAAAUUAAUUAUAAAUAUUGUCAAAAUACCUAUCACUUACUAACUGGUAUACUAAUGAAAUAUUUAUGUAAAUUUUAUAACCAAAUAAGUAUAAAUUUCACAAGAUGAAAUAAUAGUAUAUUUGUACUACAGAUAUUUAGAAUGGAUGUUAUUGUGAUUGGGAAUAAAUUUAUUUAUUUCUUAAUAAAUAAAAAUCGGUAUGAGUAUCUGUUACAAAAUUAGUAUAAUAUUUAAUUAAAAAAUGUACCCUCCGACCGCGGCGACAGCUUGAUUAGACGAGAUGGAAACUAGCGUUUUUUAGCAAAAUAAAGUAUUGCAAAAUAUUUUAACCACGGCUUAACAUAGGUCUGAACUAGCACGGUUCAAUUAACUAUCUGUAAAUAUCGACUGCCUAAAAUAUAUUGAGGUCAUCUACUCCAUCUUCAGAGGUGGUUUUUCUAUGUACAUUGCAUUCAUCUAUAUGGGACUAUACUAUCUACCUACAAACUAAAAUCUUCCUUCCCAUCAGUUAUCGAUUGCUCAAACUCAUUUGGCCGGCUCGUUGUCAAAUAACAGAAUAUCUCUUUAAUCUAUAAUUAAUAAAAGGUUAUGGGUAUAGAAAUUGAAAUUUUGUAAUGAUCGAUAAUUACUAUAAAUACUCCUUUUUUAUUAAAUACAAGUAACUACAAUUUUAUAUACAAAAAAAAAUCAAAUUACAAAAAAAAAAAAAUAAUAUUGUAAAUAAAAUAAUAAAAAAGCUCAAUUAGACUUAUGAUUGAGACCCAUUAUAACGAAAGUGGUCAGUCAAAUACUAUGUGACACCCACACAUAAUUUUAGUUAAACAAUUUUUCUUAAAAUGUUUUACUUUAUUUAUUCUGCAAGUUUAUUCAUAAUCACAAUUGAGAUUUUUCAUCAAAAAAACAAUUAUCAAGGUAAAUCAAGUUUUAAAUCACAACGACCAACAUGAAGCAACGAUCCUGGUAAUAUUAUACUACCACCACAUUGUUACAGUCUUUGUCGUUUUUCAUCACUGAAAUAACUUGAGUCUACAAAGUUUUGAUUGAAAGUUUGAUAAAUAAUAGAGAUAGCUGGAAUAUAGUAAUACUAAAAAAUGUGGGCAUCAACUGAAUAAAACACAUUCAAAGUCUCUCAUGUUUACAGAGCAAUCUGUCUUUUAAAGUUAUUUGAAAAAAUAUUAACUAAAAUUUCUAAUUUAUCUUUAGGAUUAAGGUAUUCAGUACUGAGCCCCCGAAUUAGCGCUGAUUAAUUUCUUAUAACAUAUAAAGUUAUAAAAAAUAAACAAGAAUUAGUUUGAAAUCAAAUAAUUAGCGUAUAAUUAGUCUAUGUGAUGAUCUAUUAAGAUAUUACUGUAUAUUCUGUUAUGGAAUCAGACUUGCGCGUGCUCGUACCGUCUAAAUAUUUCCACGCUUAUUUGAAGAACUUCGGCGUAGAUAAAUACUUGGCAAGAAGCUGUGGUCGUUUUAUCUGGAUAAUUAUGUACUAAAAGAAUAUCCUUCUGGCAGCACAUUUUAGUUUCAAAUAUAGGGGUUCAAUUCCUGACUACGACGAUGACAUAUAGUGACCAUCAAAGAUGAUUGAAAAAAGAUCAAAGUGCUCCGUAUCAAAGAAUCUGUUAUAACCUACUUAUUACUUCCACGGUUUCAGGUUCUUGAUAUCUUCGCCAGUUAUUUAACCCUACUAUUAAUACCUGAUAAGAAGGUGUUAAAUUCAGUUAUAUUUUUGGGUGCAUGGAUAUUGAUAUUUUUGCUAAUUUGGAACCGAUUUUAUAACUUCCAUUUUUAUAAUUAAAAUUGCUUACUCCCAUAUCAGUCCCAUACAAACUUUUAGUAUAAAAUUCUACUCUUUAUAUUAUCUAUUUUCCGAACAGAUCCCAUAAUUUUGCCAAAAAUGGAGUCGGGUUGUUUAUUCAUCUGAAGUUAAAUAGCUAAUAACAAUAUUAUCUACCUAUCUACUAAAUAAUUAUUCUCUAUCGAUUUAUAGAGGUUGUAUUUCUCAACAUUGAAACAGUAAAGGCAUUCCUUAGUACUUCGCAUUAAAAACGAUAAUGAGAACCGUUUCGUGAGAAUGCAUGGAAUUUCCACUUCACGAGAAGAAAAAUGAAUUCUGCCUUUGAAUAAUUCAUCAAAUUAUUCAUAGUAUAUUUUCUAUUCAUUACAUUACCUUCUAUAUUUGACAUAGUCUGAUUUUCGUUUAAGAGUUAUUUCUUCGCGAUAUCUACUGAGCAAAAUCAUAAUUCUAGUAUCAAAUAAAACAAUAUAGAACAUUUGCUUCAAAAACAUCGGUCAAAACUUACAAAUUUUAGCCUCCUACACUAGAAUCAAGAUUCUUCAAACUAUAUUAACACGAAACGUCCUUUUUUUAAUGUAGUACAGAAGACUUAAAAAUUUUCAUCUUAUGUGUCUUUGCGACAUAUGUUCAAUUUCACUGGUUAAAUGAAUGUUCUACUAAUCUAAAUAAAUCCUUAAGAAUUCUCUUAGAAUAAAGACCAGAGAGAGACUUUGUACAAAAGUCGAAUGCUUGGGUACCUCUGUCCCAUUCGUGAUUCAACCGUGAAGCAGCUGUUUGCAUGGCUGUGUUUCGAUUUGAAGGGUAGGAUAUGGCGUGAAUUUACUGGGUACAGAGGAAUAACACCUGAGUCCUCAGGAAUGGCAACGCAUGGGGGUAUCAUGGGCGAAACAGUAUACUCUGUUAUGUCCAUGGUACUGCUCAUGUCUAUAGGCGACGGUUACCACUUUUCAUCAGGUGGGCCGUCAGCUUGUUUGCCAUUCUAAGUUGUAAAAAAAAAAGUAUCGGUUUUACCUGUAUAUAAUGUAGAGCUUUGCUAGCCAUACUCUUCCUACC